AUUUAUUUUGGGGUCAUGGUGGUCAUACAGUUUCUUGAGGAUUUCUCAGUUUUUAAGGCGCAGUCACACCCUGCAGUCGUCGGGUCGGGUUUUCCAUGGUGCGCACGGUUGUUUAAGCGCUUAAAGGCCAACAAAAUCGCAAGUUGUGCAAAAGUGUUUGUGAAGUGUGUUGUGUCAGUGUUUGUAAAGAGUAAAGUGCGGCAACAACAACAACAACAACGACUGCAACAUCAGCAACAACAGCAACAACAACGACAAACCACAACGACGAAAGAGCGCAACUCCGACAACCGAAAAUUCUGCCUGCAGAUGUUGUGGACAUAAGAAAAAAACAUAAUAAGAAAGCAAUAAGCAAAAAACAACAAAAAAAAAAAACUGCUCUGUUGGCUUAACGGACUUCGCGUCGUUGUGUUGAUACAAAA